CCAUCUUGCAAUGCCCGUGCCCCCGUGGCCUGCGGAGGAUGCCCCCCUCCUCCCUUGCAGCCUGGCCCUUCUGAGGUCCCGCCCUUGGGGAGGGGGCGACUUGGAGAGGGGACCAUGAAGAGGUGCAAGUCGGACGAGCUGCAGCAGCGGGAGGAGGAUGGGGCCGGGCUGGAUGACGAGCCCGCCAGCGCUGCCCACCUGCCUGGCACGGAUGCCAGGGCUGGGGAGGGCGCGGGGGCCGCGCCUGCCAACGACCCCGUCCCCCGCACCAAGCCUCCGGACCUAAAGAAAAUCCAGCAGCUCUCCGAGGGCUCCAUGUUCGGCCACGGCCUGAAGCACCUGUUCCACAGCCGCCGGCGGUCCCGGGAGCGGGAGCACCAGACGAGCCAGGACUGUCAGCUCCCGCAGCAGCACCCCGGCGCGUCGGACCACGACUCUCCCGACGAGAAGGAGCGCUCGCCGGAGAUGCACCGCGUCUCCUACGCCGUGUCCCUGCAUGACCUGCCCGCCCGGCCCACCGCCUUCAACCGGGUGCUGCAGCAGAUCCGCUCCCGCCCCUCCAUCAAGCGGGGUGCCAGCCUGCACGGCGGCGGGGGCGGGGGCGGGGGCCGCCGCCCCAAAAGCAGCUCCCUGGAGCCCCAGAGGGGCAGCCCCCACCUGCUCCGCAAGGCCCCGCAGGACAGCAGCCUAACCGCCAUCCUACACCAGCACCAGGGCCGGCCCCGCUCCUCCUCCACCACCGACACCGCCCUGCUCCUGGCCGAGGGCGGCAGCGUCUACUUCCUCGCCGAGGAGACGGAGGGGCUCCUGGACAAGGUGGACAAGGGAGACCAGAGCGGCCUGAGCCUGUCCAGCGGCCCCGGCCAUGGCGAUCCUGACGGCCCCAUCGGCCUGGACGUGCCCGAAGGGGCCCCGGACCCCCAGCGGACCAAGGCCGCCAUCGAGCACCUGCACCAGAAGAUCCUGAAGAUCACGGAGCAGAUCAAGAUCGAGCAGGAGGCCCGGGACGACAACGUGGCCGAGUACCUGAAGCUCGCCAACAACGCCGACAAGCAGCAGGUGUCCCGCAUCAAGCAGGUGUUCGAGAAGAAGAACCAGAAGUCGGCCCAGACCAUCGCCCAGCUCCACAAGAAGCUGGAGCACUACCACCGGCGGCUGAAGGAGAUCGAGCAGAACGGGCCGUCCCGCCAGCCCAAGGACGUGCUGCGGGACAUGCAGCAGGGGCUGAAGGACGUGGGCGCCAACGUGCGGGCCGGCAUCAGCGGCUUCGGGGGCGGGGUGGUGGAGGGGGUCAGGGGGAGCCUGUCGGGCCUCUCCCAGGCCACCCACACGGCCGUGGUGUCCAAGCCGCGCGAGUUCGCCAGCCUCAUCCGCAACAAGUUCGGCAGCGCCGACAACAUCGCCCACCUGAAGGACCCGCUGGAGGGCGGGCCCCCCGAGGAGGCCGCCCGGGCGCUGAGCGGCAGCGCCACGCUGGUGUCCAGCCCCAAGUACGGCAGCGACGACGAGUGCUCCAGCGCCAGCUCGGCCUCCGCGGGCGCCGGGAGCAACUCCGGGGCCGGGCCGGGCGGGGCCGGGCCGGGCAGCCCCAAGUCCGCCACCUUGUACAGCCACCCCAACAACCUGGACGCCUUGCUGGAGGAGCUGCGGGACAUCAAGGAGAGCCAGGCUCACCUGGAUGACUCCCUGGAGGACCUGAAGGCCCAGCUGCAGCGGGACUAUACUUAUAUGACCCAGUGCCUGCAGGAGGAGCGCUACAGGUACGAGCGCCUGGAGGAGCAGUUGAACGACCUCACGGAGCUACACCAGAACGAGAUGACCAACCUGAAGCAGGAGCUGGCCAGCAUGGAGGAGAAAGUGGCCUACCAGUCCUACGAGAGGGCCCGUGACAUCCAGGAAGCCGUGGAGUCUUGCCUGACCCGAGUCACCAAGCUGGAGCUGCAGCAGCAGCAGCAGCAGGUGGUGCAGCUGGAGGGGGUGGAGAACGCCAACGCGCGGGCGCUGCUGGGCAAGUUCAUCAACGUGAUCCUGGCGCUGAUGGCUGUGCUGCUGGUAUUCGUCUCCACCAUCGCCAACUUCAUCACGCCGCUCAUGAAGACCCGCCUCCGCAUCGCCUCCACCUCCCUCAUCGUCCUCGUCCUCUUCCUGCUGUGGAAACACUGGGACACGCUCACCUACCUCCUGGAGCACGUGCUGCUGCCCAGCUGAGCGCCCGGCGGUCGUGUCCUCCAGCCGGGAGGGGCCCCCGAGGCCUGGGUCCCGGGGUCCCUUUGAGUUCCUUCCUUGUUUGGUUUGGUCAUCCGACUGCUCUCGGCCCCCUCCCGCCCAGCCCACUUCUUUCUUCCUUGCCUCGGCCCAAUUUCGGGUCCUCGCCCCGUCUCCCCGAAGGGACCCGUCUCGGGCUGUUACGUGUACUCCCAGGAGCAGAAGUGAGAAGAAAGGAGGAAUCAUAUUUAUGUGAUUAUUUAAAGACACGCGAGAACUCCCGGCCCGUGGGGCUAGACUGCCGGACGGCUCUGGCUCUCCUCACCGGAGUUUGGUCCCAAAACAGGCUGGGGGCGGACCUGACUUCGGAAGACGGGCCCCUGGAGCGGCAAGACGCGAGACGGGCCUUGACUAUUCCCGAGGGGAUGGGCCAAAGCCAAGCCCCGGAAACAUUCUCCCCCCUCCUCCCCGCCCCGUGCCACGAGGGAGCAGACGGCGGGUGUGGGUUCUCGGCGGUCACCGGGUCCAUGCCUCUUGACAGCCGAUCUGCCAUCUUGGGGGAAACCCAGGGUCCAGGAUCUCUGGAACCUGGUUUUCUGUGCGCACGUUGAUUUAUUUAUUUAUUUAUUGGGGUCCACCCUUUGCCCCUAGGACGGAGCCGGCGCUGCCUCUGCUUUCCCCUGGCCCAGGCUGGGGGAUUGGGGGCCGGGGGGCGGGGGACGCGAACCCAUCUUUUCUACGUCUAUUUAUUUUGUAUUGGAGUGUGCGUGCGUGCGUGCGUGGGUUGGGGUGGGGUUUUUUUAAUCACCGGAGGACCAGGGGAAGUUGACGUUCCCAGCCCGACCGUCCGCAGGACCUUAUGGUAUCAGACGGAAUCCCAAGAGACCAAAUAAUACCCACAGAGCGGGCAGCAGUCCCAGGUUUGGGAAUGCCAGAGAAAUAAAGAUC